AUGAAGACCCUUCUACUUCUCUGUGUUCUGGGCUUUGCAGCGGCAAUCCCUUUUGAUGAUGAUGACAAGAUAGUAGGUGGAUACACCUGCAACGUGCCAUACCAAGUCUCCCUGAAUUCCGGGUACCACUUCUGUGGAGGAUCCCUAAUCAAUGAGCAAUGGGUUGUAUCUGCUGCUCACUGCUACAAGUCACGCAUCGAAGUCAGAAUCGGAGAAUAUGACAUCAGAGCUGAAGAUGGAACAGAACAGUUCAUUCAGUCGGCAAAGGUCAUCCGUCAUAAGGACUACAACGCCUACACCAUUGACAAUGACAUCAUGUUGAUCAAGCUGUCCGAGCCAGUCCAGCUAAAUGAAGUUGUUCAACCCAUCCCUCUCCCAUCUCAGUGUGCAGCUGUUGGAGCCAUAUGUCUGGUAUCUGGCUGGGGGAACACUAUGAACACCGGUGAGAACUACCCAGAUCUUCUGCAGUGCGUUGAUGUUCCAGUUGUGUCUCCUGAGGACUGUUCAAAGUCUUAUCCAGGACAAAUUACACAGAACAUGAUUUGCUUGGGCUUCCCAGAGGGUGGCAAAGACUCCUGCCAGGGUGACUCUGGUGGACCAGUGGCUCUCAAUGGAGAGCUCCAAGGUGUUGUGUCUUGGGGAAGAGGAUGCGCUCAGCCCAAUUAUCCUGGAGUGUACACCAAAGUCUGUAAUUUCGUCUCCUGGAUUGAGGAUACCAUCACCAGCAACUAA